CUCUGUACUCCAUUCGCGUACAUCAUCCUAAACGCGAUCCGGCUAUCACACACAAGACAGUUCGACUCGCGUCAUCACCCUGAUACGUGGUGCACUAUACCUGAUCAGCUUUUGUAUCUUCGGUCGGCGAUGCUGAGAGCUGCAUGCCCUGCAGCUCGCUGGAUUGUGCCGCCGGCGCAUCACGGUCAACAAUGGAACCAAGCGAAGAUGAUCUCGUACCGGGCUCGUAGCGAUCCCUGUGCUGCUACGUGAUUACAAUGGUAUCUGUUACCUCCACGGGUCCUGCUUGCAUUCUGCACAUUUGUAUGCAUCCUAUCAGCGAUUAUUCACAGGAAGACUUUCUAAGGAUCCGAUUCUAUGAUGGCCGAGUUCAAAGUAUUCCCGAGCGAGCCUGUCGAAAAACAUACCAUCAAGCUCUCUAUUUGCGAUGCUUACAGUCCAAAAGUUUGGGUUACGCAAACUCACUUCUGGCCAUUACCGGACUCGAGUCGAGCUCAGCGCGGCUACGACAUCCUGAAAGAGGGUCUUGCCAGGACACUAGCCGAGAUCCCUGCCCUCUCUGGCACCAUUGGCCGAACCUCCGAUGAUCCUAGAGACCUGGUAGUUGUUGUGGACGACGAUGCUCAUGUUGAGUUUGCCUGGGAGAAUCUCGUUGGCAAGGCUGAGAUCCCAAGCUAUGCUCAGCUGAAGGAGGACGGCUUCCCAUUGACGGGCUUAGUCGCACUAUGCUCGCAACCCGUUGCUCUGACCCCAGUGCACGAGGGAGCGCGCAUGCUGACAGCCAAACUAAACUAUCUCGAUGGCGGCAUGGCGUUGUCCUUUGGCUUUAAUCACCUCUUGGCAGACGCUGCUACAGUAGCAGAGGUCGAAAGAAUCUGGUCCCUGCACUGUGCCGAUGUGAGCAAUGGUACACAGCAGAAACACAAACUCCAGCUGCCCGAGAGCACGAUCAGAGAACGUCUGUCGAAGGCAAGCUCUGAAGCUGGCCCCUUCGACGAUGAGCAUUGGAGAGUCUUCCCCACUACACGUUCUCAAUUGAAUCUUCCUCGAGAAAGUGUUAGCAAAGAAGCGGCACUUACUGUCUUGGAGGAAACCAAGAAGGCCCACCUAGCAUCGAUCAAGAGUGAGCUUGAAGAGACGAAAUGGUGCAUGUGGAAAUUCUCCGCUGAAGCCCUGGGCAAGCUCAAGAACGAUGCGUCGUUGCCGAGUGGUGAGCAGUGGAUCUCGACCAUGGAUGCCCUUAUUGGAUUGUUUUGGUCGCGACUGAGUUUCGCGAGACAGAAGAGUACCGAAGGCCACCAGGAAUCUCUCAUGUUGUUUCCAAUUAACAUCAGACAACGUCUCGAGCCUCGAAUUGAGACUGGCUACAUCGGCAACGCCGUAGACAUCGUAGUCUCGAAAUGCUCUCUCUCCGAACUGGAGUCUGAUCGUGGCCUGGUUACCGCAGCCCAACACGUUCGUAAGGCUGUAUCCGGAUGGAAGGAGUCAAAGUGGGCAGCGUGGCUGAACAUGGCUGCAAAUCUUCCCGAAGACGAAGCUAUCUGUCCUAAUCCACUUUCUCUGCUCGAUACGCACAAUAUGGGCUUUAACGACUACUCGAAGUCUCAAUCUAAUGUACUGAGCUGGGGCUCGGAACUAGGCGUCGUUGAUCGCACGCGAUACAUGAGAUCUCAGAGCUUAGCCAAUUGUGCUACCGCAGUAAUAGUUCAUCCGAGAUUGGCCGAUGGCGGGCUCGAGGUCGCGAUGACGAGCACGGAGCACAUCAAAGCUGCGCUCGAGAAGGACAAGAUUUUCGCUCAGUACGCAAGCUUUGUGACUACUUUCACCUGAAGCUUUAAUGGCUCGCAUGAGACGAUGUCUCGCAGAGACCGUUCUCAGUGCUCACCGCUGAAAUGCAUAGAUCUUGCAUGGCCACAACUAGCGUGCGCAAGGCCCACUUCUCGAAGUCAAAGCGAGCGACACUCGACCAGCGAAGCCAUGAUGCCAAUUGUUCACGGGAGUCUGAAGCUGAUAAAGAAAUCGUUACAUAGGGUAUAUAACAUGACUGAAGCAAG